UUUUGUCCGGACCAUUAGUGGUCUGGACCCGCCUCCUGCACCCUCGUGGUCAUCUUCUGUGCAAAACAAACCUUGCGCUGCAAGUUGUUCAAGUGUCCUGGACUGGAAUGCUAUCGGAAAAUAUUUUGUUCGAUGUGCUCCAAGAGAUAAUCAAGCACUAAGAAAUAGCUGAAGUUUCGAAAUGAGCUUCUGGUAUCAAGUUAUCUUGAAGCCCCUGGAUGUGAAAUUCACGAGCAGCAAAGUCUCAUCCAAGUUCAAAAAUGGCCGCCUGCUCAAUGACCUGCUUGAUGAUUUGCUGGAAGGGAGAAAGCUAAUCAAGGAUAGUCCAUUCCUUGAAGUCGUAUGGAGUGUUGAAAAAUGGGAAUGGUACACAUUGGAUAAUAGAUUGUUGUGGGUGUAUCGCCAGUUGGAGAAAGAAGGCAAGGUAUCUUAUAUAGAGAUGCGGAGGAUAGAAUUUAGUGGGAAAGCCAAUGCAAAGCCCAAAUACCUAUAUGAAGAUACUGAGGUUGUUGAAGAAGAUAUUGACGAGCCGAAUAUUGAGCUUCCAGCUGGUAUUAAAAUUGGAAAAAAAGGAGAAGGUAUGCGCUGUAUUUCAAAGAAGCUCAAACGUCUCCAUUUGAGCACAGUUAAAUCAAGUAAAAAAGGGUUUAAGACGACCGUGAAGCCGAAGAUUAAAAAGGAUUGCAAUGAUAAUUGUCUGAAUUCGGAAGAAAUAUUGGAUGAUGUAGAGAAUGUAAAUGCUACCGCUGUAUCAGAGGAUGAUAAAUCGCAAAUGAAGGUAGAGAGUACUUUUGAAGCCGUAAAUGUCAAGAUUGAGAGAGCGGACAAUGCAAAUAUAGAUACACCGUGUAGAGUAGAGGUUUCUGUUGAAAAAAAUACUUCCUGUGAUGCGGUAACAGAUCUGCCAGAUUCAUUAGAAGACACGGAAAAAGUGGAAAGCAAAAAUGAAAUUGCCAAUCAAGCGGAUGAUUUUUCAAUUCGCUUUUCAAGAUCACCUUCAGUUUGUUCAUCUAUCUCGGAUGGUAGAGGAAUAGACGACUGGGGGCGAAAGGGGAAACGAUUAAGUGUAGAUCUCGAAGAUUUGGAUGAAUCAAGGGAAAAUGAUGGCGAUGAUGAAGAUGAAUGGAUUGCUAUUGAUGAUAUUAAUGCAGAAAUCGACCAAGAAGAAAGGUCUAGUGAUGCCAAUGAUGAUGUAUUCAGUGAUAAUGAAACUGCAAGAAAAACAGUCGAGGUGAGAACCCGCUACAGCGAGGAUUCUGGUUUGGAUGGCUUACAGAGGCAAAAAGGAGAUUCAAAUGGGCAUAGCAAAAACAACCUUUUUAUCAAGCCAAAGAGAAAGAGUCUCAGCGAGUCAUUGCUAUCAUUGGACUCUGCCUUUUCUAGUUCCUCAGCACUUUCUUUGUCAUCCAUAACAAGAGACCAGAGGCAGAUCAGUUCACUUUCUGGGCUCCAUGGCUACGGGAAUUUUGACAGGUAUAAUGCGGAGUAUCUUAGCAAGCUCAGAGCAGAGCGUCAGGCCGCAAAGCAGAGGCUUAAACCCUACGAUGUUUCCAGAAGCAGAUAUUCAAAGGCUGCGUCCAGCCUCAGGGAUGAAGAAGAUUGGGACAGCGCGUCGCAGGGUCGUUCAAGGAGCUCAUCUUGUUUUACUAAUGAGAGGGUGACAACAAGAAGAACCUACUCAGAAACACUUCAUUACCGAGGAUGCAGAGGUGUCAGUUUUAGAGAGAAAAGCUACCACGAGUCACAGGAAGUUGUUUACUCAAGUAGUUCUCGGAGGUACACACUUCCAAGGAGAAAUACUUCUGCUUCAAGAAGCAGGACUUCCUCACUUUCAGAAAAGUACCUUCCGAAUGACAGAAGAAGGUCUUUUUAUGGAUCAGAUUCAAAAUUAUCAUCAAGUGGUCAAAACACCAUUGCCAGUGCUUUAAAAAAAGGCCAUUUUUCAAAGGAAAAACUUUAUAAUAUUUGGCAAAUAAGACGAGAAGAAUACUUGGACGCCAGAUAUAGCAGUUCGUUAUCGAGCAUGAGUGUUGCACUGAUGGGAUACACUUGUGGAUUGUGCUUCAAGUCCUUCAAAACAAGAACCCGUCUUGAACAACACAGUGAGGAGCUAAUGCAUUGGGCUUGUGUCACAUGUGGUCGUUUCUUUGCUAGCCACACGGCCUUGGGCCAGCACAUCGAAAAAGUCGGACAUCGCAAAGACUGAGCUGUUUUUCCCGUGCUGAGAAAACAAGCUGUGUUUUGGUAUAUCCUAUUGGACUCAGUAGAGCAGCUGAUAAAUAGUUUUGUUCCGUUAAUGGCUCUAAUAUUUUUGUAACAUUUGUUUUCUAAGGAAGAAAUACUCAACAAAAUGCUUUUGAGUAUCUUGCUGUUUAGAAAUAUUUGAAUUGGUGUAUAUAUAUAUAUUGAUAUUUGUUUACAUUUCAGAAUUCAGAUCAUUCUAUUUUCACAUAUUUAGAGUUCAGAGUAGCAUUUCUAAAGAUAAAGUAUUCUAAAAAACAAAGGAAUUUUCCGAGAAACAUUGUAAUUUUGAUCUUUAUAUUGUAAUUUUAUAAGGAAACAAUUGCAGUUUUGAUCAUCUUUCCGAUUUAAUCUUUUCCUAUGCUUUUUUGGAAAAUCUUUUUCGAUAAUUUUCAAUUUUUAUUCCAGUGGUCUGAAUUUGCUUUGUCGUCUUGUAACCUUUUAUUUUUGUAAAUACGCUGUUAUUCACUUACAUUACGGCCUUCUAGAUGAAUAUCUUAGUUAUAUAAGUCCACUGUUUACAUUUAAAAUAAUUAAGAUAAUUAAGCAUAUAAAUGUUUUGUUUUGUUCUGUUUUAUCAUGUUUUGUUACAGUUAUUCUCGAAGAAUGUACAAUUUCGUGUUUUGUUGAAUAUAAAGAGAAACUAUAUUGCAGUUCAGUCGGAUUUUUCGCUAACUUUACUUGCCUUUUAAUGUAGAGUUAUCCACCAUCAGAUAAAUCAUUUAGUCUAGAGUCCAUGGCCUCUUCAAAGUUUUCGACUGAUUCGCACUUACUUUUAGCCUCGGUCGUUCUCUAGAAACAUGGCUAAAUUUGAGCGGAGCAAAAGCAUUCUUUAUGUUUAACUUUUCUUCAUUUGGUGGUCCUUUCCAAACAGUAUGGUGUCCAAUUAAAAUACUUUGGAGGCCCCAAACUACAACAGUUUCUAGCCACAAAAGAUUUAAACCACGCUGCUGGGGCUGAUGACUCCACAGCACUUCUGUUUUCAUGGUCUUUGAUUUCAGUUUAUAAACAGACAAAUAUUGACUUUCCCUGUUUCCCUGUUAAUUUUAGGUAGAAGCUUGAUUCUUACAUAAUUUAAAUUUUUCUUACUCAAGGUUUUUCUUAGUUAUAAAAAUGCGCUCUGGGUAUAGCUCUGCCCCACCUACAAUGGUCUUCAAUGCCAGUACAGUGUUUAGGUGAUACAUUCUACUUUCGCCGCAAAGGAAUAAAAUAGGAUGCAAACAGGCCAUGAAGCUGUUAUUUUUAACUCUUUCCUUUAAGGUGUAGCACGUACCAAAUAUUCAUGUUUCUUCUAAACUAACAAUUGAAAAAUUUAAUUAGCAAACAUCCAUCUGCAAAGCAAUGAUUGGUAUAAUGAUGCUGCCUGGCGUUCUCUCGGUGCGUUUGUCUCACUCAAUGAGUGGUUGAGAACAUAAGAAAGCUGUUAUUAUUAGCUAUGCAAUUAGAAAAAACUCCAUUAGCACCAACAAAGCACAAAUAAGCUUAAAAUAAAGAUAAUUUUUUUUUGAUCACAUGAAGGCAGAUGGCAGCUGUGAGGUGGUGUUUGCUUGUUAAAAGUCAAUCCUUACUUUAAAGAACUGAUUUUUUAUCAUGUAGAGCUGUUCGUGCAUUGCUAAUAUCGAAUCGGCUUUAAGACGAGACGAGUGAUGGGAAAGCUCGCUGUAAUGUUUCUUGUAUGAGAGGUAAAGGAUCAUUUUUCCCGGCCUAAUUCCAAUGUCUCUUUGCUGAGUUGACAGAGAAGAUGAUAACGGCUUUAUUCCUACUAAACUGCUGCAUUGCUUUUGGCAAAAGGUGUCUUCUAGUCCACCAAUGAUGAUUGGCAUCUGCGAUGAAAUUUAGGUGUCAAUAUUUUUGAAUAGUAUAAGAAUAAUCUUUCGUCCUCAAAAAUCAAUGCGUUAUUGCCUAAUCGCCGCUGAGAGCACAUUGAUCGUUUUAAAAGCUGAAAUCCUUCACCAGGGACACCUAAAAUGGCUUUUAUGGAGUCUGUUUUCAGCCACUUUUCUUUAGGCUUGCCCUCUAAAGACAGUAAAUUCUCUUGAAGAUAAGCCUCGCCCUAUUGACAACACUGUUAGUUUUGGGGUAUUACAUUUGAAAUCUCUGUGUGACCUGCUCAUACUUCUUCUAUCCUAAUCUAGGACUUUUACAAAUUUGCUUACUUUAUAAUGAAGUAGUAUUUGGUUGAGCAAUGCCUUGGUUAAGCAACCUUUUUUUCUGAUUUCUUGCUGUUAAUUCGCUAAAUUGCUGAUCUCGCUUCAAUCCCCUGCUCUUACUUCCUUUGGCUCUCUGAGGCUCUGAUACCCAGUGUAACUAUUCACAAGUUUUGACUAAUUCUGUAUGGUGUUAUGUUGUUGUGAACAUUGAUACCUACAUGACUACAACUUUUACCCGAUUGAAAGUAAAUCCUAUCGUACAAUUAGCACAGUGACACAUAAAAGAGUGUUAGUAUUGACAGUAGCUAUCCGUAUUGUUAAGACAAGGCGCACAUGCAAAGUGUUCUAAUAGCCAGCCGUUUCACUGUUACAAGUGCAGAUAUUUUUUUAGCUCCAUACCCAUGGUCUAACCGUAAAUAGAGAUUAACAUUGGUUUGAAAUCUAUCACAGAAUCUUGCAAAACGAGAAUCGUAAAGUGAUUGAAUGCGAUGAGCUGCAUUUCUGUGUGUAAAAAUGAACUGAUAGCAUUAUCUUCCUCCUUAUGAAUUCACACAAAUAUGAAAAACUCAUUGUAACCUUGCAAUUUUUGUCCCAAACAUGGCAGAAUAUUUGGUCUGAGGAAAUUUAAUCAAUGUAGAUCAGUCAAAAAUCUAUUGCCCAAAAUACCCCCUUUUCACUCUGCUCCUCGCAGAUUUGUUUCUUGACCGUCGCAUGCUGCUUGCACAAAUUUGCCUUCUUUGUCUAAUUUGUUGUUAGGGCUUUAGGUAAGUAUUAGCAUAAUGCUUUUGCGCAACUGACUGGGCAAUCACGCUAUGUACGAGCAAAUUGACAGGAAUUUUGCCAUUAUUUUCACGUGGGUAUCCUAAGCAGAAUUAGUAUGGGCAGCGAGAUCUCACUCAACCAAUGUCAACAAAGCUCGUUGUUUCUGAGUGCAGGCUAUUACAAUAGGCAGCUGAAGAAGAUUGAACAGAAUGUAAAAGGAGGAUAUUCAGGCAGGAGAAAUCGGAUCAACCAGAAGCGCUGCAAAUGGGUUCUUGCUUCUCAAAGACCACGUUUGCUGUCAAGCAGGAUCAGGACCAAGAGAAUCAUAAAGAUGUUAACAAUACACCAAAUAACAAGAAGGAAAGAAAUUGCGAGGAGGGGUCAAAAUCAGAGAUGAAAACGCAAGACAGUAGCAUUCUAAAUGCAUCUAGCAAUGAACAAACUUUAGACAGCAACGAUGUGAAAAUUACUGUUGGCGAUGAAAAUGCACUUUUGGUGUUUUCAACAAAAAUGGCACAAAAGAUCUUACAUACAGCACAGCUUGAAACAAGUCACAAAAAGGGCUAAGUUUGUGGAUUGCAAAAUGCAAUGUGAAAAGUAAUGCUGCUGAUACUUUUAAUACGGAUAAGGCUCUUGCAAGUCUCAGUAAGUCAAGAAUUUUCAGAUUUUAGAGGGUUUCCUGGACAUUGGUCUUCUAGUACCUUGAUUUUUUUAAUCUACAUUACAUGUGUCCGUUUUAUAAGCAAGCCGCAGCACAUCAAGCUUCAGCAUUGGAGGUAUUUAAAAUUACCAAACAUCAAUGUGAUAAAGGUUGUUUGCUUGUUACUUUCUAGCACUAUGUAAUAUGUUAAAGAUUUUAACUAAAAUUUAAUUGUGAUCUACUAAAGACUAAAUGUUUGACAAUAUACCCUCCUUUCCACAAGCAGUAACGAAAUCUUUAGGCAGCCGUUUGCAUAUAGGUAAAACAUUUGCAUAACAUUUUGAUGACAUGUUGUAACAGCUUGAUUUAACAAAUGUCAUAUUUCAAUUUUCUUAGCAAACAGAGGCAAUUAAAAUUUUUGGCUUGCACAUUGGUUGCUUAUAAAAUUGCGUAAGGGUACUUUUUGCUCUUUGGUAAGGCCUAAUCUAGUGUCAACUUUUAGGCAUUUCUAUGAUUCCAAUGAAUGGUUGCUUUAGUUGUAUACAAGGAAAGGAAAGAUCCUACAAAAGCAUGUAUCUCUGAGCUUGGAGAGAAAAAGAGGAGAACGUAUGUAGUUGAAAUGAACCACCCUUACUCUAUAAGGGAGGGGGGAGAUGCCUCAUUCGCAAUUUUCGUUAUUUUACCUCCCUAACAAGUACUGACCUUGGAAUCCUAAAGCAAUGGAAGUGGAAUAUAGCAAGUUUAUUGAUUUAAAGAAAUUACUAUUAAUUUACUAUGCAUAAUCUAGUUUCUGGAAGAACCAUGCAGCUGUGUGAAGAGAAAAUCAGAGAUAAUUCCAAUCAAGCAUAUCUACAUUUAUUAAAGGUUAUCAAUUCGAGAAAAUACUCCGAGGCUUAAACGUCUCUUAUUUCUACUCAAAAUCAAUUAGGUUUCUUUGAAAGCAUUAUCAUCUUGACAUUGGGAAGUUUUUCCAAGACUGUGCAGCAAAGGCUCCGAUAUAAUGAUAUAUUUUUUCAAAACAAUUGUGUUGUUGAGCCUUUAAUAAUGCAGAUUUGACUUCGUGCCAGGUCAAAUUAUAAUUCUAAGAUAACUUUUUCACGCACUACCUUAUAAACAUAUAUAUAUAUUCGGAAGCAUGACCUCCAAGCAUUUUAUUCGUAGUCAAAAAUAGACGUAUUUCACAAUGCAGUUUUUGGUACAGCUGUCUCUUCGUGGUACCUGUUUCUAAAAAAUCUAAUGCUUACGGCGCUGAAAACCCAAAUACGUUUUUUUGAAAAUUUUCAAAAAAGUCUCUAAAUUUCACUGUUAAUUGCCAUCCUAGUGUGAGCUCAGUAACUGCCUGCCACGAUCAGGAUUCAAAUAUGAAGAAAAAUUUCUUUUGAUAUCAAAAUUUUUGAACCUGUGACUUUGAGUGCUUAGAGAAAUUGAGUCAGUCAUUGUUAUAUUUUUCGCUUAUGAUAUUGUAUAGGUAGACAGACAGGGCAAUACUAUAAUUAAAAUUACUUUCCCCAUCGACUCUUCUCUCAAUUAAGAGAUAAGAGCCAGAAAUAGCUGAAACCUAAAAUUUUAGAAACUUGAACUACUACGGUUUUUGCUGAGUUUCUCAGAUAGCAUUGUUGUCAGGGAUGGCGCUAUGGGGUGUCAUGGGGGCAGCUGCCCCCCUAAAAGUUCCCAAUGACUCUCCGUCGGCAGCUCAUUAUAAGAAAAGAAAAAGAACUGUCGGCACUUUGAAACUGUCUAAUGAGAAAUUUACCUUAUUUGAAAGAACCAUUAAAUUAAAGUUCAGGCUGGCUUUUCUACUUUCAGUAAAACCAUUAAAACUAUUAGAGCUAUGAGGCUGGAUUGUUCUCAAUCUGAGAGGCAUCAAAUAACCAGGACCGUAGAAAGAGGGGCAAGGGUGCAAAUUUCCCCAGGGCUUUAAGGCUCCAUGGGGUCUUAUAGAGUAAUGAAUUCAAUUUUUAAGAAUGGAAUUAAUCAAACAUAGAAAAAGUAUGCCCAAGGAUAGUGAAACAUUUCAAACAAAUGGCCCCAAGAAAUAUUCUGGAAUGCAUUUUAAGCUAAACUAAAGGGCGUGCUCGCAGAAUUUUUCUCCUCGCUUCGCUCGCGGGGAAGUCUCUUCUGAUGUCUUGCCCCAGGGCUUUUGGUAACUGUUAAAGGCCUAGCCAUGUUCACUGUCAACAAGAUAUUUCCAUGAUACUCAGUCAAAGCGGGCCGAGAUGCUUGACCUUCCCGUCUUUUCCAGAAACCAAGCAUCAAAUGGCUUAAAAUUGCUUAGCCAGUAAACGAUGUACUGUACAAAGGCCUACAAGCUAAGCACAUCAAAAACAUUUGCAUAUCAAAUUUUGGUUAUCUGAAACGCUUUAAAGAAAUUGUUAGUUUACAGAAAGUAUACACGAUUUGAUUGAAGGAUAAAAACGUUUUUUAAUUCAUUUUUAAAACAUUUUAAGAUUUAAAGAAAUUGUAAAGGGAAGUUCAUGAAGAAUGUCGGCAACCAUCUUUAUAGUCGUCGGCACUUGAAUUUUUCUAAGAUUGUCGGCACAGAUUUGGUUUCUAGCGCCACCCCUGAUUGUUGUAAUGUUGUGAUUUAUGCACAUAUUAAAAGCAUUGCAUAAAUUAGAAUAAUUGGUUAAUUUGUUAGUCAUGGAGAUACAAACGCUUAGCUGAAUUUUCUGUUCUGAUUCUAGGGAAUGUGUGUUCUUUCGUGUACUGCCUGCGUUCCAAGACAUAAUCAUAACGAUGCAAAUAUCAGGUGCACAUUGUUCGUCGAUUUGGUAUCUAGCUCCACAUUAUAAUGGAAUUGAUGGAAAAAUAAAUCAUGUCAAUCAGAAAAUAUCCACACUGCCAACGUAUCAAAUUUUAGAUGAUUCAUUUAAUAGGCAGAGGCAGAAAAAGAAAAAAUUGAAGGAAAAAUAAUUUUUCAAUGAAUGAGAACAAGUGUGUUUAGAUGAGCAGCUGGAUAGCUGUUUAGAUGAUUUUUAUUGAAAUGAGAAACUCUUCAUCGGUGAUACUUUCAUUUUGCAGGCACAGUCAUGAAAUAUUGUAAUUACUGGGAAUUAUUUAAUUCAAAAAGAGAAAACACAAGAUAAUGUGGUUAGAUACGAAAAGUUAACGUUGAAAAAACUUUCUUUGCUUAUACGCUUCGAGACUGCAACAAAGAUAUUGUUGUAGCAAUAAUGGAAAACAUUUAAUGCCUUUGUAUCAAUCGUCUACUGAUACAUCUAAUGCAAGGUCCAGUACCAUGUUGGUACUUGUAUUGGUACAAGUUUGGUUAACGAGAAUCAUUAGCACUUUAAAAAUGAACCAAAAAAUGGCUCAAGACUUAAACGAACUCAAGUCGAGCCUUGUUUAUUCAACCAACAAAUGGGAAACUUGCAGUUUGAGCAAAAAGUGGGGUUAACCAACUUUGGAUUUUUGUUUACCUUGCUUGAAGUCGAACCUGUUCUUUGUUUCUUACAGUAAACCUGAAUAACGAAAAACCAAGCUAGGUAUGAGUAGUGUAAACAUGGCAAGGGUUUUCCACUUGGGAAACAAAUUAGGCUCUAUUGUACCCUGCCUGAGCACUAACAUUGACAAAAAAGAUUUAAUAAGUGAAUAGAUAUCUGUUUAUGUAGCGAUUAUAGCCUUUUCCUUUUUGGCUGGAAAGAUCUUUAUGUCAAAAUAUGAUAAUGAAUUACAUGAAUUUUUCAUUUUCCGUUU